AUGGGGGCGAUGACGUCAUCCCUCGCGGCGAAAUUCGCGUUUUUUCCGCCGACGCCGCCGUCGUACUCGAUAGUGGAGGACCCGGUAACGGGCAAGCUGCGGUUCGAGGACAUCGCGCCGGCGGAGAACGUGGAGGUCACGUUCCUGGACACGGCGCGCGGGCAGCGCAUCGCCGCCAUGUUCGUCCGCAACCCGCGCGCGCGCCUCACUGUGCUCUACUCGCACGGCAACGCCGCGGAUCUCGGACAAGUGCACGACCUAUACGUGGAGCUUAGCAACAUGCUGCGAGUUAAUCUCCUCGGGUAUGACUACACCGGUUAUGGUGCUUCAUCGGGCAAGCCCACGGAGUUCAACACAUACGCGGACAUAGAAGCCGCCUUCACGUAUCUCACCGCACAGCACCGCAUUCGACCGGAGGACAUCAUCCUCUACGGCCAGUCCGUGGGCAGCGGGCCCACUGUGGACCUCGCCUCUCGCACUUCUCGCCUGCGCGGCGUGGUGCUGCACAGCCCCAUCAUGUCCGGGCUGCGCGUGCUGUACGAGGUCAAGACGAGCUUCUUUCUCGAUAUCUUCACUCCCCAAAAGGCCGGUCUCCGCGUGCUGUACGAGGGGGGAGGGGGAGGGGGAGGGUCGGGAGGGAGCUGGGGCUGCCCGCAUGCUAUACGACGUCAAGAGAUUCUUCAUUCUCUGCUUGCUCCCCUCCUCCCCCCCCCCCCUUUUUGUCUCUCCCCGGCCCCCUCUGUAUUUCCCCUUUUCCCUCUGUCCCUCCCCUUCCCUCUCUGUCUCUCCCCGCCCCCCUUCUGUCCCUACCAUCCCCUCUCUGUCUUUUCCCGUCCCCCUCUCGCCCUCCCAUUCCCCCUCCCAUUCCCCCUCUGUCAUCAGAACAUUGACAAGCUUCCCAAAGUGGAGUGCCCAGUUUUUGUCAUGCAUGGCACGGUAGACGACGUGGUGGGCGUGUCACACGGGAGGGGCCUGGCAGCGGGCACAGCAGACGACGUGGUGGACGUGUCACUAGGGAGGGGUCUAGCAGCGGUGUGCAAGCGGCCGUUUGACCCGCUGUUCAUAGAGGGCGCACGGCACUACCCUGGCACGGCAGACGAUGUAGUAGACGUGUCACAUGGGAGGGGCCUAGCGGCAGUGUGCAAGCGGCCGUUUGAGGCGCUGUUCAUAGAGGGCGCGCGGCACUGCGACCUCGAGUUCUUCCCUGAAUACCUCAAGCAGCUGCGCCGCUUCAUCGCCUUCCUGGACCAGCACCCGCCGCCGCCGCUUGCUGAGGGCGAGGAGGACGACAUCGCGAGGCGUGGAAAGAAGCGCUCGUUCCUCGCUGCACUUCUUCUCCUCUCCUGCUCUGUCCACUACCAGCAGCAGUAG